AUGCUGAAUAGACUGAAAGUCAUCUCAAGCAUCAAUCACAUCACCAAGAAGCGCAUCUGGAUCCCACGUACUUUAAUUGCCAUGAAUAGUGAUACUGACAAGAUGUCGCUGAAACCAAAACCAAAGAACAGAUCUUUGAAAAGGCUUUUAUCUUUGCUUGCACCAGAAAAAUUCAGUUGUCUGGCUGCUGUAAGUCUGUUGGGUGUGAGUACUGCUGUGACUUUAUCAGUGCCAUUGUGUGUUCAGCAUACAGUUGAUGCUAUAUUCAAGACCAGUACAACUGAAAGUUCCAGUUUACUUCAAAAUCUCGAUUUUGAACAAGUGUGCCUUGGAUUUGCUGGCUUAUUUGCUAUUGGUGCUUUAGCAAACACUGGUAGAAUAUGGUUUAUCCAGUCUGCAAGUUGUAGAGUUGUUCGAGAUUUGCGUCUCAAUGUGUUAUCUUCACUAAUGAGGAAUGAUAUGCCAUAUUUUGACAACACCACAUCAGGAGAGUUGGUGAAUCGUUUAUCAGCAGAUUGUCAGUUGGUAGGGGAUGUUUUGACUCAGAAUGUGAGUGAUAUUUUGAGAUCCUUUGGACAAUCUAUUGUUUCCAUUGGCCUCAUGGUAUAUGUUGCUCCUGAUCUUGCCUUAAGAGCUUCUUUGAUUGUACCAUCAAUUAUGAUUGUUGCCUAUUUUGCUGGUAAAAUUGUGCGCCGUAUUUCAAAGGAACUUCAGGAUAAUUUGGCUCUGUCAACAGCUAGAGCAGAAGAAGGUUUUUCUGGAAUAAAAGUUGUUAAAGCAUUUGGUGCUGAAGAAAAAGAAAUUGGUCUAUAUGGUAAUCACCUUAAUAAAAUUCUUUCUCUUGGCUACAAGAGUGCUGCUGUGAACUCUUUAUACUGGUCAUUUCUUGGUGGUUCCGGUAACUUUGCUCUACUUGUUGUUCUUUACAGUGGAUAUCAAUUGAGUUUAUCAGGAUCUAUAUCACCAGGAACAUUAACAGGAUUUCUUCUUUAUACAGUGUACAGUGGUAUUGGAGUGGCAGGAUUGGGCAAGGCAUAUGGUGCACUGAUGGCUGGAGCAGGUGCAGGACAGCGAUUAUUUGAGAUUAUAGACACUGCACCACCACAAGAUUUGCGCCAACCAAUACCACAUGAAUGCUUUGCAAAGGACAUACAGCUUUCGAAUGUAAAGUUCAGAUACCCUUCUCGUCCUGAUGAGGUUAUUUUGAAUGAUUUUUCUGAGGUUUUUCAAAAGGGCCAAGUAACAGCCCUUGUUGGUUCAAGUGGUUGUGGAAAGUCCACUGUGACAUGGCUAUUAGCUGGUUUGUAUCACUGUGAAAAUGGAGCCAUCACUAUCGGAGGUUUUAAUAUCAGGGACAUUCCCAGUAAACAACUGGCUAACCAUGUAUCGAUUGUAUCUCAGGAACCACCUUUGUUUACAGCUUCUAUUCAUUACAACAUUGCAUAUGGCUGCCAGGAUGAUCUGACUGAGGAUCAAGUAAUAAAAGCAGCUGAGAUUGCUGAGGUCCUUCCUUUUGUUGCUGAGUUUGAACAUGGGAUCCACUCAGAGGUUGGAAAUAAAGGGUCUUCCUUAUCUGGAGGUCAGAAGCAGAGAAUUGCUAUUGCAAGAGCUAUUGUUAGAAACCCAGACAUUCUUAUUUUAGAUGAAGCUACCAGUGCACUUGAUUCUGCAACUGAAGGAAAGGUCUUAAAGAACAUAGAAGAUAACAUCGAUUGUACCACAAUUGUCAUCGCCCACAGAUUGUCCACCAUCAUUAAAGCAGACAAGAUUAUUGUUAUGGACAAGGGGGUUGUUAAAGAAGUUGGCAACUAUAAUUCUCUUGUUAAUGCUGGAGGAAUGUUUAGUGAAUUAGUCAAGCUUCAAGAAAAAAGUCUUGACUCCUAACAUUCCAAUUAAAAUAUUUGUGACCCUUAGUAGACCUGCCUGUGAAUUCGAAAAUUAGUUACAAGAAUUGAAUAAUUGUUAAAACGUUUGUAUCUGAUUAAGUCUCGGAUAAAACAAAUGAGUUAGUAUUUGGAAAAGACUGUGUUGCAUAUUGUUGUAAUUUCCCCAUUUCUUGUCUGUGAGAAGCAUAAUAACCAAAUGUGUUAGAAAAUUCUUGAGUGUUUAAACAAUACAUCAUGUGAUAAUACACAUUUAAUUUUCCAUUGACACAACUUUAUACAGUUUUUAGAAGCUGCAAGCGUUUAUAUAUAAAUACUUCUAGCUACUGUUUAUAAAAUCAUAUUUUUGUCCUUUAUAUGCGAA